AUGCCCGUCAUCACACCCAUGCAGAUGGCUGCUCGGACUAUGGCCGUAUGUGGGUGUUGUUCCCCAAGAGUCGCCCAGGAACCCACUGCAGAGAACAGGGAGAAGCCAUCAAAGCCUCGACUGAGCCGCGUCAAUGGCUGGUCGCUGCCUCUGCAUUGGACCCAGGUGCUCGCCUGGGUCAUCUUUGUGUUCAUGACCAUCAACUGUUUUGGUGUUUUCAUUCCUUCCUUGCCCCAGAACUGGAAGUACCCUGCUUACUUUGUGGGUGGAGCGAUCCUCCUUUUAAACCUGUGCUGCUACGUGGUCACAACCACCAUUGACCCGGCAGAGAAACGCAAGGGACUCCGGGACUAUUCCAAGCCCCUGCCAGCCUUCGACCGCUCUCAACACUCGCAUGUUAUCGAGAACCGCUACUGCCACCUGUGCCAGGUCCCAGUGUCUGAAAAGGCCAAGCAUUGUGGCACCUGCAAUAAGUGUGUCACCGAUUUCGACCAUCACUGCCAGUGGCUCAACAACUGCAUUGGCAGUAGGAACUACCGCUGUUUCAUCUGCACGUUGGUGUCGACACUGGCAGCGCUGUUGUUCAUGAUGGUGAUCGUGAUCCACAUCUUCAUAAAGUACAGCACGGACCCCGAGAGUCUUCCUGACGACCACCAUUGUAAAAUGGUCAUAUUCCUCGGGGGCUGCGUGCUGCUACUGUGCCUCAUCAUAUCCGUGUUGGUGGGGUACCUGUUCAUCUUCCACUUAUACCUGAUGUUGAAGAAACUCAGCACCUACGACUUUGUGAAGCAGAGCCAACUGAAGCGACUUGGGACUAAAACCACCACCUGCGACCAGGAUCAGGAAGCCGCUGCACGCUUGGAGCCCCACGCGUCCGACACGAGGCGGUUCUCACCAAAGGAAGAAGGGGGCACUCCGAGGUCCUCACUUCUUGGACUCUCGCCAAGAAAGCCUGAGCCCUCCGUCAUCAGGAGCUGCAGCAACACAGGCCCCCAGGUUUUCAGAGACCAGGAGCAAGAAACAAGCAAACUCACCACCACCGAAAUUGGGUCCAAUGAGAGCUUGGCUGCCGGGAAAGAGGAAACCAAGCCAGCAGCCCUGAGCCCGGAGACCUACACUGUCGUACAGGUGUUGGGCUCAGAGAACUCCUUGGUAGAGUUGCAUGGUCUGAAGAGGGUUGCGUGGUCUGAGAAUUCCAAUCAGUCAUCAUCCCAAGUCACCCCUAGGACCCUGGAAGAUCAGCAGAAGCCACAGCAGAGGAGUAUGGUCCAGGAUACCACCAUGGAGGCAAGGGAGCUGACCCUUGUGCAAAAGCUGAGCCCCACAGAGGAUGACCAGCAACCAAGUCCAUCAAAUAGCCAGGAGCAAAUUCCACCAGAUGGCUAG